AUGAGUUAUUUAAAAGAUCGUAUUAAUGAAAUUGGUGCUGAUUAUUUUGGUGAAUUAACAACAACAACAACAACUACUACAACAUCAGCAACAUCAUUAAAUAAAAUUGAAAAUAAUUGCUAUUCAUAUCCAUCAACAAAUCUUCUUAUAGGUUUUAUCAUUGGAAUAUCUUUAAUUAUAUUGCUUUCAUCGAUUAAUCUUGUUGUUAUGAUAUCAGAAAAACGAUCAAAAUAUCGUACGGAAAUGGAAAAAAAUUCAGGUGAAUCAUUACGAUUCCAUGAAAUG